AUGAAAUCCGGCUCAAUAUCACAAUAUUUCGUGGAUUUUAUCACGCUGAAAUACGAUGUGGAAACGAGCAGAACGAUAGCUGAGGAAAUCAAGGACUCGAGCAGUCUUCUUUCUGAAAGUGUUGUGAGUGAACAUGUCUCGACUCAACCAUUUCUUCUCACAUUUCUUUUGUUCGGUUUUCUUUUAACAAUCGGUUUUCUCUCUUCAACAAUCACUCUACUCACUUGUCGUUUUUAUGGAAAAUGUGGAGCAAGAAGGUAUCAGUCUCAUCCCACUUCAGCUCGUUCAUUCACCAUUCAUCUCACAAUAUUUCUCGUUUCUUGGGUAAUCAUGGCAUCCAGUAGUAUAUCAUUUAUCUAUUCCGGUGUAACUUAUUGGAAUAGUGAAUACUAUCAAGAUUCGGUUCUAAUCUCAAACUAUUCUCUUCAAGACGAUUCAACGAAUUUCUAUCGAUUAUAUCGUUCAAAGAGGGAAUCGAGUGUAUUGGCUGCUCUUUUUAAUGAUGAUGAUUAUAAUGGGAAUUUUGAGGAAUUGCCUGCAUCUGAGAAACCGAUUAUUUUUGAGACAACACUCAGUCCAAAGAUAAACGCGCCAGUUCCAAUCGGAAAAGAUCUUCAAAUGGAUCAAAUAAAUAAAGAAAAAGACGAGAAAGCUUUUAAAAUUGAUGAUUCCACAACAACAACACCACGAUUAAAUAAACCGAUGAGAGAGUCGGUGAAAAAUCGAUCGGCAACGAGUACAAAUCAGAUCCAUUUGCCGUAUACGAUUGAAUCGAAGGCUAACGACAUGUUGAAUAUUCGCCCGAUUCACUAUGAAAAGCCGCGAAAACAGAUCACAAUACCGUUGAGGCCAAAAGCUGAGUUAGAAUAUAUGCAAUAUGAUGCAUCUGAAGAGGAAAAAAUAGAAGAAAGUGAAGAAAUGAAGACAACAAGACGACCAUCGACAUCUCCAUAUUCGAUUCCGAUUUCAUUUUUGAGAAGAACGGGAAUUAAUAGAGGGAUUGCCCCGAUCACUCCACCAAUCACCACAACAACUCUAUCCACGACGGCCAGAAGAAUCACUUCAACUACUCCACCAAAUGUAAUUGAUGAAGAGUACGAAUAUUCUGAAGAAGAGCAACUAAAGACGAAUAAACGAAUCGCCACGCUAAACAAUCGAGCGAUCACAACGAGUAAACCGAUUCCAUUGGGACUCUUUGGUCGAAAAGAUGAUUAUGAUGAAGAACAAACUACCAUUCAGCCACUAAAUGGAAAAAUCAAAGCCGAAUUAUGGAAAGAACAGAAGAAAAUACAAACGAUUUCGCCUCUUCGCUCAAAAUCAGUCGAACAAUGGCUUCCGCCAAUUCUCGACAAUCGAGUCGAUAUUGAUCGAUCUGAUGUCAUUGGUGAAAAAGAAGAAAUCGAAUAUGAAGAUGAGAAUGGGAAUCAAGAGAAAACUGAGGAGAAAACUGAAGAGGAAACUGAAGAGGAAACUGAAGAGAAAGCUCAAGGGAAAACUGAAGAGAAACCUCAAGAAACAACAAUGAAAAAUGAAAUUACAAGAGUGAUCUUUAAACGAGUCGAUCUGCCACCAAAUACCCUAGCACAGAUCCCUGGUGGAAGACCAUUAUUGGCCAAAGAAGUGAUGACAAUUUCACCGAAAACCUCAUCGUAUCUCUCUCCAUCAGCUCCAUUCAUCACAACAACUACAACUGAGCCUCGAUCUACGACAAGAAUCUCAAGUAUAUCCACAUUUCAAACAAGGAUUUCGACUUCUUAUCGGACUACUAGAAAACCAAUAACGAAUUCCAUUACUUCAAGUAUUUCAACGGCAACGCCUUUAACAACAACAACUACCACAACCACAACAACCAUGACAACGACAACAACAUCGACAACAACAUCGACAACAACAUCGACAACAACUACUGUCAAAUCGGACCCAUCAACACCCGCUGCAAGUUACUACAGUUCAGCAAUGGAAGCAUAUCAAGCAAAAAGUCGUCAACCUUUCAAUUUACAAAAUAAUUGGCAACAAGGACAUUCUGUUGAUUUAACAAAUUGGUCAAAAGAAUCAGGAGAUGGAAAGAAAAGAAAAAGUGAUCCAAAUUUUGAUCGUAAAGAGAAAAUUCUGGAGGAAUCUUUUGAAUCUCUUGAAUUUCAAACCACAGAACCCAAUUUGAUUGAACAGUCUGUGAUUGAAGAACAAAAAGAGACAGAGAGUACAACUCGGACGACAAGAAAGCUUUUUGUUGGAAGUACAAGAGAUUUGGGGAAAGAGAUCAAUCAAAGCACGAGAUCGAGAAUGGAGAAAAUCGAGAUUUCAACAAGACGAGAUUUUGGAGAUCUUAUUUUGGAAACAGAAAAGAGAAAAGGAUUAUCGAUGACUUCGAUGCCAAGUACAACAUCGACAAGUAAAGCUGUUGUAGACACGGAAACUCAAACAACGGAAUCCUCCAUGAAACUAUUGACAUCGAAUCGUCCAAAACAUGAAGGCGAAAGGAAACUCUCGAAACCGGAUCGACUGACUCACUCAUCUGAAUCACCUGAUCUUCAGAUCGUCUUCUAUUCACUUCACUCAAAUUUCAUUUUUUGGUUUCAUCGUUUCUCUUUUUUCCCAAUUGCUUUCUUCAUGAUUUUCACGGUUAUCCCCGCGAUUGCAGCAGUGAUUUCUGGAGUUGUUUGUUAUGCGAAUUCGUAUCAUCCAAUGGAUCGAAGCACAAGAUCUCAUCGAAUUGGAUUGGUUACGAUCUUUUUAUCAACAUCAUUGAUUUGUUCAACUUCUCUCCUCAUUUUCUAUUCAUGCUUUUCUCUUUUCUAUGCCCACAUCCAUUCGAUCGUUUGCCCAAUCGCUCAACUAAAGUUAAACAAUUUGCCAUUUGACACUUCUGCGUCUAAUCUAAUGACGGCUUUUGAGGAUAAAUGCUCGGAAUUCUUGGAACCAAUUCAGAUUUUAUGGAGUUCAUCACUUUUCUUUGCCAUCUCUUCAUUGAUCGUUUCAAUGACGAUGUUUGCUCUUUCAAAAUAUUUCCUUCGAAUGAAAACUGAGCACUAUUGGCAACAAAAUGAUGUAUACGGUAUGAUUCGUCGAAAAGCCGCCGAGAAUAUUUACGGAGAAGCGAUUUAUGGGGGAUUUUACGGACGCAAUGUCGAUCCAAUCUACGCGCCACCAAUUCGACCGAAAACUCGUCCACCCCCGCCGCCACCCGACAACAUUUAUGGGUUUAUUGGGGUCGAUAACAUUUAUGGAUCAGUGCCUCAACAAGAGAAUAUUUAUGGAACAAUCCCCGCACAACCGCCGCAAUAUGCUCAAGGUCGUUACGAUCAAUAUGGAGAGAUUUACGGAGCUCGGCAUCUUGGAGGCAGAAAGAUCUCUCAAACACAACAACAGCAAAUGAAUAGCAAUAAUAAUAAUAAUAAUAAUAAUGAACGUUUAGCGGUUUUCAGAGAGAAAAGGGAUUUGCAAAGUGAAUUCGGUUUGAAAUUCCCACUGGAGAUCAAUUUGAAUGCGAAUGAUUCGGUGGUGCAAAAAUUCGUCACCGAAAUGGGUGCAAUUCUAAAAGAAAUGAAACAAGAUUUGACCGAUUUCACCAAUUCAAAGCCAACAAAUCUUUUCAACGAUAUCCCUCAAAGUUUCAUGUGUGAGCUCUGUAAAGAAGCAAUAAAACAAAUGAAAUCGAAACAACAAAAAGAUGGGGAUAAUUUUGAAAAAAAUCUAAAAAUCGAAUGCUUAAAGGGUAAAAAUGAUCCUCAAUUUUCAACGCAUUGUGAUCUAAUCAAUAAGAUCAACUUGAAUCGACUCAACAACGAUUCGAUUGAUAAAAUUUGUGUAGAUGAGAAGUUUUGUGAUUUGAACGUCUCAUCACAAACACCGAGAAAAGAUGAACCGACAACGUUGACUCCAUUGAUGGCUAUGGAUUCGUAUAAU